AUGGCAGCCAGGUGUCGGGUUCUGCUCCAGUGUCACAGAAAGUUUUGUUUUUCGGGGAGUAAUUUAGGUAACCUAUGCUGCUUCAGUUCUUCCGCAACGAGCCAAGGCAGGCCUGAUCUCUGGGAAGUGUACAACGCGAGGAAAGAUCGGAUUAAAGCCAAAGAGUUGCCAAUAAGCGUAAACCCUGCUGCAGUGUUUGCUAACAACGAAGUGAAGCUUGAGGACAUUGAUGUGUAUGGAUUUGACUAUGACUACACACUGGCCUCAUACAAACCAGAACUUCAUCACUUGUUGUACAACUUGGGGGCUGAGGCGUUGAUUAAACAGUAUCGGUAUCCAGAAGAAAUCCUUCACAAGAAAUAUGAUCCUAACUUCGCCGUCCGUGGUCUUCAUUUUGAUGUUAGAAAAGGCCUCUUAAUGAAGUUAGAUUCCUUCCACAAUAUCCAGUUGGGAACAGUAUACAGAGGUUACCAGCCUGUCACAGAUGAGGAGGUUAAAGCUCUCUACGAGGGAACACACGUACCACUGACUGACAUGAACACCUUCUAUGGGACUGGCCUGAUGCAUCAGCUAGUGGACCUGUUUGCGCCACCUGAGAUGACACUGCUAGCCCAUGUCUUAGAGCAUUUGAACGAGAAGGGCAUUGUGUAUGAUCCAGAGUACGUCUUCUAUGAUGUUCGGAAUGCUGUACAAGGAGUUCACUCUUCAGGUCUGCUACAUGGACAAAUCAUGUCCAAUUUAGAUCUGUACCUGGAGAAAGGAGAAGAAGUCAAGUUGUUGCUGAUGAAGUUAACAUCAGCCGGAAAGAAAUUGUUUCUGAUCACAAACAGUGGUUUCCAGUUUGUAGAUUCUGGAAUGAAGUACAUGAUCGGCCAGGACUGGGAACAGCUCUUCGACGUCAUCAUCACAAGUGCAAGAAAACCUAAAUUCUUCAACGAAUCAUCCAGACCGUUUAGGUUGUUUGACAAGACACAGAAUCGCCUCUCCUGGGAUAGGGUGUCUGAGCUGAAAAAAGGGGAAAUCUACCAACAGGGUAACUUUUAUCUGUUUCGACAAAUGAAAGGGUGGUAUGGAUCUGAAGUCUUGUACUUUGGGGAUCAUGUUUACAGUGACCUGGCUGAUCCAUCACUUAAGUUUGGCUGGAGGACAGGAGCAAUAAUACCGGAAUUGGAGGAAGAAAUUCAGAAGCUGAAUACAGAAGAUUAUAAGUUUUCUGUGAGAUGGAUUACAGCGUUACAGUAUCUCAUUGAAGAGAUGCAGGUGUAUAAUGAUCCGCAAGCUAAAGAGAUUCAACAAGCUUGGGUUAAAGAACGAGAUGAACUGAGAGCCUUCACGAAGGACUUGUUUAACAACAGGUUCGGAAGUCUGUUCAGGACGUACCAUAAUCCCACGUACUUUACGCGUCGACUAUGUCGGUUCGCUGAUCUGUACAUGUCCAACCUGACAAACCUGCUGAACUACUCUGUAAACCACACUUUCUAUCCCAAGAGGGCUGCCCUACCUCAUGAGGCCUACCCCAAAUAUUAAAGUAGGGUUUAGUUAACAUAUGUCAUGCAUACAAUGAAUUACUCUGUAAACCAAAUGUUCCACCCCAAGAGGGCUGGUCUGACUUUUUAGACUUACCCAAGUUUUCAGGUAUGGUUUACAUAACAGAGAGAUUGAUAAUUUCUAUCUACCUCCAUGCUGGAGGAAAUUUUUCUUUAGUCAAGAAGUAGGAGCAUGAACACCAAACCCAGAGAUUGUUGGUUCAAAUCCCCAGCUGGUUAAGCCUGUCACAUUUAGUUAUUAGUGUAUAGAGGACAUGCAAAGGCCAGUCAGUGCUUAUAUUAAUUAUCACAAGGUUUUAAACAUGGGUAUUUCAAGUGUACUUUUUAAACUUUUAAGAACAAAUUUUGAAGUGUUUGGAAUUUUGGUGUAAAUCUGGUCCCACUAUCACAAAACUUUUUUAAGUUGAAGCUAUAACCUAGGCAGCAUUUAUUAGGAAAAAAGUUAUGACUGAAUAUGACUUACAAAGUGUUGUAAGUGUGGGCCCUGAGGCUACAUUCACAAAACUGACAUUCAGUUUUUUUGCAACUUUCACAGAUAAUGCAACAGACAAUCAUAUGGAAAGAAGUAAAAUU